AUGGUGUUCUCCUUUGCCCGCCAACCACCGACUCCCCCGAGAGACAAAAAGCUCGACCAGGACAUUGACGACAUCCUAGCCGCCUUCGACACACCCUUCAGCAUUGAGGACGACGAGAAGCCCACGCGAUCGAAAUCCAUAGAGUCGAAGCCAGUUCAGCGGAAACUCUUCGUCGACACCCCGCCCGAGCAAUCCCCAUCGUCUUCGGCGGACAGUGAUCAGUCUCGAGUCGCGGGAAGGAAACAGGUCAACUUCAACGAAGUGGUACCACCACCUCACCAAUGGAGUCCCGCUCAAACCCCUCUGAGGCCUCUACCCCAAACACGAGUUACCGCACCCUUGAAAUCCAUUCUCAAACCCUACGAUCCGAACACAACCUUCCGCCGGUCGAUCAAUCUCAAUUCCACCGAUUCAGAACCAAUAUCCGCCCACACGUUCCAUUCGUUCGCCGAGAUGCUCGAGUCGGUAGUGAAACAGCUAGCGCAGGACCUCAGGGCUCCACGUCUUGACGCGUAUAUCUGCCUUUCGAACACACUGAAAGCCCUGGAGGAUAAACCAGAUGAAAAGUCUCUAGAAAACAAGAUGGGAUUACUGUCCCAAUUCAUACAAAGAGAUAUGGUAGCUGUUGCAGCCACAGGAGCUCCGGAUACAACCUUGAGCAAUCAGGCACUGAAGCUUCUCAUGGCGUUAGUCCGGAUACCCGCAGCUGGGGCCGCCAUGACGGAUGACUUCUGCUCCUUUACAAUAGACCGAGUCAUCCAAGUCGUGGAAGACCCAGAAUCCUCAAAAUCCUCCGUCAAUCACCACCUCGGCCUCCUGACCCUCCAGAAUUUCAGUACAAGAUCGAUGACCUCAACCAGGGCCGAGAAAAUUCUUGCCGUUCUGGAGAACAUUACAGACCGUGUCAGUGGCUACGGUGUUCAGGCCUAUCGACUACGUGUUUAUCGGAAACUCGUGCGACAAGCUCCAGAGGUCAUGGCGGCCAGGACGCUGACUUGGUUCAAAGUGGUCGUAAAGUCUAUGCUAAGCGGACAAAACGAUGUCCGGACCAGUGCCCUCGAAGUUGCAAAACUGGCCGGUAUUGAAUUUGUUGACAGACGCCAGGUGUCUAAAGCAGUCACCGACUACUUGAAUACCACCCAGGCGAACGGAAGCUCUAUUAAAGUGGAGUAUCUGAUCGGUCGGUUCACAGAUAUGCUCAGCAAAAAAUCCGAGGCACAUUUUGUUCCAGAGAUCUGGGGUGCAAUUACCCUUCUCCUCCGACCCGCUCUUGAGGGCAACACCUGGUCACAGCUCAGCAUCUGGUUGAAGGUAUUGGAAGACAUCAUUGCCAGCUGCACAGACUACCAAGUCAAUUUUCAAACUACCCUCGCGUUUGGUUAUCUAGUCUUCGUGACUAACCCGGAUCAAAAUACUCGAAGCGUCGUUUCCAAAAUGCUAGCCGCCAUUCCCCACUUCCAACUGGAUCGAAAAGGGAAGUCUUCAAACGGAAAGCAGUCGAAGGAAGUGUCUAUUGCUGGCUCCUGGGCCCUUCUGUACUACUCGCUCCGUCCUUCAGCGUCUGCGCAAGAACUCUCGAGAUACUGGAAAGAAUUUGUACAUGGCGGUUGGAUUCAGCUUGUGCUCUUACCCAGAUAUGCCGAUCUCGCGUGUCGAAUGCUUUCCUACCUAUUUGGGUUUGGGCCAACGAAAAUUUGGAACAGUCGCAGAGUCGAGAAAAGCCGUCUCAUUACAGUCGAGGAGCUUCCUCGGCUAGACCCAAAAUGGAUACGGGCGAACAUGUCACUCGUGCUGGACUUUGUGGGAGCAUGCCUGUACAAAGCCACUUACUCAAAGAACUCAACCCUGGAGGAGAACAGCCUUAUGAGAAUGUGGUCAUGUUUGAUGAACUCGUUGGCUGAGGCUGGUAGUAAAGAGGUCAAGGCAUCUAUGGAACUUAAAGAUGCCAUUGCACGCAUCGUCAAUAUGUUUCGCCGUCUCUGGGCCAAACACACCUCGACCCCAGCGAUGAAAUCCGAAGAGGAGGAAGAUUGGGUCAGCCAGUUCCGCUUCCUUGUUGAAACCUCGAUGGAAAAACUCGGAGCGGUUCAUUUUGCCGACAAAUUCCUUACCCGAAACAAUAACGAAGAUCUCGAAGCCGCGCCUACUCCAUCACAUCGAUCCCGAAUCCAAGGAGCCUACCAAUCGCCUCUCCUUCACAUAGUCGAUUUGCUAGCAAAUCAGUCGGAAGGCAAGCUGUCAGACAAUCAUCGUCUUGAUCUAGUUAAAUGGGUCAUUGAGCCAUGCUUAGCCUCGAAGAAUACCCGAUCGCUGAAGCUUGAGCUCCUUAUGGAGUACGCUGAUCUUGUCCGGGGAUCUAACGAAACAUGCAUGGCAGCUAAUAUCUGGCAAACUGUCGCCAAGUACGCAAACGCGACGCUUGAGGAUUACCCUUUGGAUACAGCCGAAAAGCAAUCCAGGCAUCUUGGGGAAGAGUACGAGGUCGUGAUCAAGAUUCUUACCAAUGGCUUGCGGUAUUCCACGCCGCAAGCAAGUUCCGUCGCUAAAGACUUACUCGUCUGCCUUUCUGAAAAGAUCAAAGCCGAAGCAGGCACUGGUGCGGUUGUCCUUGCACUUGUCGAGCGUCUUUCAGAGGAUAUUUCUGGACAAGCUAAAGGCGAGCGGAUCAACAACGGUCUGAUCUACGGUGCUACACUUUUCAGACAGCUACCGGAGUCCAUCAACAGACGUACAGUAGAAGAAGGGCGAAAAUCUCUUUGGGGCGCUUCUCCAAUGCCUCCCAGAACUUCUGACUUUGAUCCAUACAAACGAUUCUACAAAACCGUUGUCGUGCUACUCUCUUCAGCCUACGAUAAUCUGGAUCUUGUUGAUGUCUUGACCUUCAAGGACUUUAUCAUGGCCUUCUCUGCAUCGAUACAAAAAUGUCCUAUCUCUUUGCUAGGCCUUUAUCUCCGCAGAAUUCAAGCUGGCGUCAUUGUUUGGAUUCAAGAUGCUGGGCGGAAGCUACAGACGAGGAAUAACCGUACGGCAGAUACUUAUCGAUCGAUUGUUUCUAUGUGGCAAACGAUCAACGAAGCUCUCAAGAAGCUUCCAAAAAAGGACUCUUCGACGCUUAGCGCUCUCAGCCCAUUGGUUGCUUCUGGGUUUCUCAGUCGUCGCAGAGAACUGACCAAUGACUCUGUUGGGACAUGGAACAGCACAUUUGGGAAUGAAGAGACUUUGGAAUAUCCUCCAAACGUCAAACGAGCCCUAAACCGCUUGACUCCAAUGGUAGAGCUUCAACUUCCUGCAUUUCCCCAUGACGAGGAUCAAGACUCCGUCGCUUCCUUCUAUGACUCAGAAGUCGAACAGAGCCAACCCGAAGUUGAGAAGAGCACCGACCUGGUCCGAGAGACAUCACCAACACUACCUACCAUCACUACUACCGCCCCGCUGAAGUCUCCUGCUUCUACAUCAGUUUCAAGGGGCAGAACCCCUCUCGGUCAGCUCCCACGAGCCCGUCUUCGACAUGACGACUCUCAGAUCUACUUCGAAGAGAUUACGUCUGAGCCGAACGAUUCAAUGGUACAACAGUCUCAAGUUCUGACGGACCGGCAAUUGGAGGUAUUGGAAAAGCAGCGUGCUACUGCCGCCAUGUUGCCGGAUAUUCGGUCAAGCCCAGUCGCAGAGUUGCCACGUUCCUCAGUGGGGGUAACACGAUUAAACCUCACCUCGGAUUUACCUAAUAUUGACUCGGAUGACGCUUUACACACGCCUCUGAAGGGUCGCAAGUCCCUUGGCCCUAUGGAUUAUUACGUUGGGUCUUCCCCAACUCCGAGGAACCGCUCUAGGACCAAACAGAUCAUGAGCGACACCAGUGUGGCAACUCCUGAUGCGGUUAGGAAGAUCCAAGUCACAGCGCCGUCUGAAGAUGAUCCGCCUUCGUCACCUCCUGACAUGGAAACCACACAAGAGAGCCUCGGCUCCUAUAUUCUAGAGACUGCUUCUGAUGCUGCGGGUAUAGUAGAGGAUAGUUUCGAAUAUCGCCAAGUGGAGAAGGACGUCGCCCAUGAUCUUAGCGAUGAGAUCGAAGUGCAUGAAACCACUGAGUUUGACUCGAGGGUUCCCUUUAGUUCUCCUCAGCAGGCUGGCUCUGUUGAGGAUGAUAAUGAAAUCAACAAUGAGGUGGACGACCUUACCCCUGAAGAAGACGAGGAUCUUCCAAGUCCCAACCCUGAGUCUCAGCUGGCUGCUCAAAUUACCACGGACAUGGAAGCUUUGGAAAAGCGGUCUGUCGAAGUCAUUACCGCAAAGUCGUCUGGAAACCUGCGGCGGAUCCCCGAGGUUAAUGGUACUCCAUCCGUUAUAUUACGUGGACACGCUGAACAGCAACUUGACAAGAGCACUUUAGAACAUCUCGAUGACUCCUCUCCUCUACCCGAGCCAGUCCACGUAGCGGUACAAUCAUCCCCUGAUCAGAGCAUACCCGUACCGCAAGACAACCAAAGCGCAACAUCCGAGGACAUGAGCCGCGUCGGAGACUCCUUCCUUGCCACAGACAGCAGCUUUCACACUGCAGUUGAUAUGCCUCGCAGGACUUCUACCACCAACAUACAGAGAUCGUUUAGGAAUACCCCAUCCAGCCCAGCACAGUCGUCUAGGUCUACGCGGAACACCCCAUCGAGCUCACAGGCGACGGUCAAAUCUUCUCAAAAACGCAAGGAGUCACUAGCCGUGGCCGAUAUCGCUGCGAAACGAGUCCGGAAGCAAUCAACACCCAGACAGACACCUGUUCCCAGUAUUCGCCGCACGCCAUCAUUUGUGAACCCGGCGGAUGACGAAGAGAUGCUAGACUGUAUCGUAGUAGACAUGAACUCGCCUCUCACGCGCAGAUUAGGAUCAACAUCUGCCGAAAAGCAACCGCGCGUAGUUGUCACACCAGCCUCAUCUCCUGCUCCCAACAACAAGACAGAAGGUAGCGCAACAUCCAACAAAAUGAUGCCACCACCCAUCUCAUCAGCACCUGCCAAACGGAAACCAGGUCGCCCAAGGAAGGACGCUACAGAUGCGGAAAAGCCGACUCGCUCCACCAAACGCAGCGUCCGCCUUUCUGUACCAGAGCUGGGUAGAUCAGUAUCUGACAGUACGCACGACCUCGUCGACGAGACACGGGCGCCAAAGAGGGUAAAGCGAACAGCAAGCCAGGGCAUCAGUCGUGCGACGUCCCUCGCACCGUCGGAAACCAGUUCGCAUAUUAGCAUUACCAGGAAACUCGACCAUGUGGCGAUUGGCCCUACACCCCGGGCGCUGAAGGAUGCAGCGUUCCACCCUCCAAGCUCGCCGAUUAGGGAGCAGCACGACGAGCCGAGUCCGAACCAGGAGGCAGUGCAACAGCCAAUACGAAGGCCAUCCAUCGUGGCCGCGCCAGCAAUCAACGCAGAGGCGUCGUCCCAAGCUUCGCGCUUCCUCUCUAGAAUCUCCACCCCGCUCAAGCGUACUGCAGAUGCCAUGGCGACAGACGCGCCUGCUACACCAUCCCACGCCCGAACACCGCUCGGGAGGAUCAUGGCCACGCCAAGUAGUAUACUGGCCAAGCUGAGGAAGAUCGUAGCUGAUUGCAGCCAGAUGGUGUUGGGGAGCCAGGAGGAGAGGGAGUUUGAUGAUGUGCUAUUUGAUAUUCGGACGAGGGUACAUGAUGCGGGGAGGAGGGGGAGGGAUACUUGA